ACUGUCACAUAUUCCUCAGGUCUCUUCAUAUCUAACACUAAUGGGCUGGAAUGAUAAGAAAAUGCUAACUCAUUUUGCACGCACCAGCCUCCACAACAGAUGGAGCUGUGUUCACCUCUGCUGAAGUCAGUUAAGUUGAGUCCAGUGUCAGAGGCAGGGCCAGUCAGCCCGCAGGAACGAGGAAGUGCUCACUCCCGAUUCAACACUAAAUACGGCAGUGAGCAGGACUCCAGACAAGAAGAGAUGUCGUCGUUUGAUUCACAGUCAGAGCUGAGGCUGGUGGUGCUGGGCCGGGCGGGGGCAGGAACGCGUUCAGCAGUCUGCACCAUCCUGGGCCUGCAAGACACCGAGCAGGGCACAGACGCUCCUGUUACCCCAGAGUGCAGCAAACACAGAGGAGAGGCUGCAGGCAGACAGGUGGUGGUAGUCUCCAGUCCAGACUGGUUCAGCUCAGACUGCGACUCAGAGGAGAGAAGAAAGUUCAUCUCCUCCUUUAUCGCCUUAUCCAGUCCGGGGCCACAUGCCUUCCUGCUGUGUGUCCCUGUGAACCAGCCAGCUGAUGGAGAGGCCAGAGCGCUGGAUGUCCUGCAGACGCUGUUUGGCCCCUCUGCAGUCAGCAGCAACACCAUCAUACUCUUCACCCACAUGGAGGAGCUGGAGGAGGACGAGCAGCUGGAGCAAUACCUCGUCACGUGGCGCAAGGACCUCCAGGACCUGGUGGAAAGAUGCGGCGACCGAUAUCACACCUUGGAAACCCGCAGUGGGGAACCAGAGGAGAGGAAAGCUGUUGAGGAGCUGCUGGAGAAGGUUGAGAUGGCAGUGAGAGAGAGCGGGACACAGCACUUCAGCUGCCCUUUGUACCAGGAGGCAGAAGAGAGGGUGAGAGCGAGACAGGAAGAGAUAGUCAGACAGAGGAGAGGAGAGCAGCUCGACGACCAGGCAUCUCCCACAGACUCACACCCAGAGGAAAACGUGACAGAUGAAGAGAUGGAGAGAGUGCGAGAAGAGGCAGAGAGGAGCGUAGAUGACUUGAAUGUGGAUGUAGAUAGUAUUUUCCCUUCAGCCAGCGUCUCUUCCUCCCGUCCUCCUUCUUUCCUCUGGGGCUUGUGGGAGAAGCUGACAGGUUGGAUGACGUGGAUGCCCAAGUUUGUGAGAAGGGAGGCCCUGCUGGGAGCUCUGGUCGGCCUGUUUGUGGGAGGGCCGUUUGGAGGUAUGGUGGGCGCCACUGUGGGAUCAGUGGCUACUGAGGUGGGGAGAAGAAAAACACAGAAAAAUAAAUAAUUAUGUAUUAUGCAUUAAGUUGCACCUUAAAGUCACUCCACUGUGUUCACCAAACCAACGUAUUACUGAGCUAGUGGCUUAGCAGCUAACACCAAAAUAUUAUUAUUUAUACUUAACAACUGAGCACUACUUACUUUCUAUUUCAGAAUGGGAACCACUCUCUAACGACGAAAACUGUGUUAUCUAAUGGCUUUAUUAGUGGUUAAUUAAUUACUAUAUGUAAAUCAGUAAUAAGCCAUUAAUAAGAGUAAUAUUUGGGUUGCCAGGUCUGAAAAAUCCCUCUGGCUGGUGUUUCUUCCUCUACUAAAACUUACUCUGUCUCUGUCUUAAGUCUUCCCCCACUAGAAUAAUGAGGAAUGUCUGCAGAACACAACACUGACAUAUUAUCACCAUUUAAGCUGAUAUGGUGAACUCGCUAGCUAACGCUUGCUUUUUUACACAUCCAGCAGAAAAGGAACAACAUUAUCAUUCAUUUGGAGUCAUCUUUCUGUCCAUCUGAUGAAUAUAAGUACAAAAUUCACUCUCUUUUAGCUCUGCUUUCGGUCUCCACCGACUCCCGAGGGAAAUAUCUGUCUCUUUAGCUGCUAAAUGCUUCACUAUGUUCACCAGCUAGUCGCUAACUUUGUCUGUCUGCCAUUUGGUUCCAGGCAACUAGUGCACAGUCCAUUUUUAGUGUUUUUUCAAUGACAAACGUUGCCUGUUGUGACUGAAAAUGACACCAUGAGAGCUGUGAGAAUGAAUCCAAACAGCAAAGUUGCGGGUCGGAAAACCAAAACAAUGAGUCACAAUAAAAGACACUUUAGAUCUGAGGGUAACUUAGAUGAUAACUCUCUGUGGGUUCAUUCAACAUGAGCAGCCUAUCACAUUACGCAGUCAACUGAUCCAUUGUUAUUAUAAAAAUAUCGAUUAUAGCUGCUUUAAGGUGUCAUUCUGUUGCAGCCAAGUAGUAGUUGUUCUUUACAACCUGGCAACCCAAAAGUAGUGGCUUAUCAGUGAUCUAUAAAUAAUCAACACAUUAUUCAUUAACCAUUAAAAAGUCAUAAGUUAUAACUGUUGAACCCUUUUUAGACUUUUUAGAAAGUGACACAUCAGAUGUUAAAGAACACUUUUGUUAAGAGGCAAUACUGAGAAACCUCCACAUGGUGGAGACAUUGACCUUUUUAUUACAGAAGUAUAAAUGUUUCAGUUGAACUGAGAGAUACUUUUUUUCCUGCUUACCAAGCAAAUAAAAGCUGCUGUUUAA